AUGUCUGAAAAAGUAUCCGAAGAGCAAAAAACGCAAGCUCUUCAAAUCCAAUACAACAAUUUCCAAGAGGCUCUUACGGAAUUGCAGACUCAGCUUUCCUCCAUAACGUCCCAGGCGCAGGAACAUGGUAUAGUCGACAAGACGCUUUCAAGCAUUCCACCUGAAAAAAGAGGCGACAGGAAAUGCUUCAAAAUGAUUGGUGGUGUUUUGGUAGAAAAGUCAGUUGAUGACGUCAUCAAGCUUCUAGAUGAAGAAAAGAAGGAGCUCGAGGCCUCCAAGACAGCGCUUGAAAAGGAGCUUGUGGAGACGAAAAAGAAGAUGGACGAGUGGAUCACGAAAAACAAGGUCAAGGUGGUCAGGCAGUAA